AUGGCUGAUCUCAAGGGGAUCAGCCCAUCAAUUUGUAUGCAUAGAAUAUAUAUAGAAGAUAAUUCGAAAUCAUCUAGGGAAAUGCAAUGUAGGCUGAACCCAAACAUGAAAGAAAUGGUAAAGAAAGAAAUCAUUAAAUGGUUAGAUGCUGAUAUUAUUUAUCUUAUUUCUGAUAGUCAAUGGGUCAGCCCAACACAAAUAGUUCCAAAGAAAGCUGUAUUGACGGUGAUCAAAAAUGAAAAAGGGGAAGAAUUACAAACAAGAAUCACCACAGGAUGGAAAGUAUGCAUUGAUUACCGCAAGCUAAAUGCAGUGACAAAGAAGGAUUAUUUCCCUUUGUCAUUUAUUGAUCAAAUUCUAGAAAAACUUGCAGGACAAAAAUAUUUUUGUUUCUUAGAUAGAUUUUCAAGAUAUAAUCAAAUAGCAAUAUUUCUAGAAGACCAAGAGAAUUUUUUUUUCACAUGCCCAUUUGGAACACAUGCAUUUAAAUGCAUGCCCUUUGGUUUAUGCAAUGCACCUGCCACAUUUUAGAGAUGCAUGAUGUCUAUAUUUACUAAAAUGAUUGGUUACUUUCUAGUAAGUCUUCAUAGAUGAUUUUUCAGUAUUUGGUGAUUCAUUUGAUAUAUGUCUAAAUAAUCUUAAGAAAGUACUUAAGAGAUGUGAAGAAACCAAUCUAGUUCUUAGUUGGGAGAAAAGUCAUUUCAUGAUUAGAGAAGGUAUUGUUUUAGGACAUAUUGUGAGUGAAAGAGGAAUAGAAGUAGAUAGAGCAAAAAUUGAUUCUAUUAUUAAUUUACCUCCACCUACGUUUCUUUGUCAAAUUAGAUCAUUUCUAGGACAUGCUAGUUUCUAUAGAAGAUUUAUCAAAGAUUUUUUGAAAAUUUUUAGACCUCUUAUAGCCUUACUUGCUAAAGAUAUCACUUUUGAUUUUGAUGAAGCAUGUUUAGAAGCUUUUUCUAUACUUAAGAAUGCAUUGACCAAGGCACUUAUUUUACAAUCACCCACUUGGUUAAUUCCUUUUGAAAUCAUGUGUGAUACUUCAAAUCGUGCAUUGGGUGCUGUUUUAGGUCAACAAAUUGAUAAGAAACCAGUGGUAAUUUAUUAUGUAAGUAGAACUAUUCCUGAUGCACAAAUAAAUUAUACCACUAUGGAAAAAGAAUUACUUGCAGUAGUUUUUGCCUUAGAAAAAUUUAGAUCUUCUAUCUUAGGAUCUAAAGUUAUUGUAUAUUCAGAUCACACAGCCACAGGAUAUUUGUUGACUAAGAAAGAAACAAAACCACGUCUACUUAGAUGGAUCUUAUUAUUGCAAGAAUUUAACUUAGAGAUUCGGGAUAAGAAAGGUAUAGAAACUGUAGUAGCUGACCAUUUGUCUAGAAUUGAAGGGCAAGAAAAGGUUGAAUUAAAUGAUUUAUUUCUUGAUGAACAUAUUCUUGCCUUACAUAGUAAGCUCACACCAUGGUAUGCACAUAUAGUUAAUUAUUUAGCAAUUGGAAAAAUCCCAUCAUAUUGGCUAAAAGAUGAAUGCGAACGAUUCUUUGCUUGCAUUAAAUAUUAUUUUUUGGAUGACCUUAAUUUAUUUCAUCUAAGUUCAGAUCAAAUUUUACGAAGAUGCAUUCUUGAAGAAGAACAAUUUCAAAUUUUAGAACAUUGUCAUUCUUAUGGAUGUGGGGGUCAUUUUGCAAGCAAGAAAAUAGCAACAAAAUUUUUACAAUGUGGUUUCUAUUGGCCAUCUUUAUUUAAAGAUGCUCACACAUUUUAUAAGCACCGUAUCAAAUGUCAGGUUGCCAUUAAUAUUCAAAAAGGAAUUGUAAUGCCUUUAAAAUCAGUAAUUGUUGUUGAAAUUUUUGAUGUUUGGGGCAUUGAUUUUAUGGGACCCUUUCUUUCAUCUCGAGGCUGUGAAUAUAUUUUGUUAGUUGUUGAUUAUGUGUCAAAGUGGGUAGAAGCUAUUCCAACAAGAACAAAUGAUCAUGAAGUAGUUAUCUAAUUUGUCCAAAAUAAUAUUUUUACACGAUUUGGAUGUCUUAAAGUAAUAAUUAGUGAUGGGGGAACUCAUUUCACUAAUCAUCACUUUAAGAUGUUACUUAGAAAAUAUGGUGUUAAUGAUGCAUUAUGGGCAUAUAGGACAGCAUACAAAGCUCCUUUAGGUGCAUCACCUUAUAGAUUAGUUUAUGGAAAAUCAUGUCAUUUACCAGUGGAAAUUCAACAUUGUGCAUAUUGGGCUAUUAGGAAGCUUAAUAUGGAUACAAAAAAAUCAGGCCAUAAGAGACUUUUACAAUUGCAUGAAUUAGAUGAAAUUCGUAAUGAAGCUUAUGAGAAUUCUCUUAUUUAUAAGGCUAAAGUUAAGGAUUUCCAUGAUAAGUAUAUUACUAGAAAAAAUCUAGAAUCAAGACAAAAAAUUUGGUUGUACAAUUUUAGAUUAAAAUUAUUUCCUGAAAAAUUAAGAUCUAGGUGGGAUGGUCCAUAUCUUCUUGAGACUAUUGAUCAAUAUGGAGCAAUAAUGAUCAAAGAUCUGAAAACAAGUGUAAGUUUUAAAGUUAAUGGGUAUCGGCUCAAAAUAUACUGAGAACUUGAAUAAGAAAAAGAAAUUGAAAGAGUAG